AAUAUAUUUUUAUGUCAAAGGUGCCGAAUCGCGGAGACAAGGCAAAGGAAGAAGGUGAACACAAAAGCUAUCCCGUGAAGUCCAUGCCGACGAUAUUCCCAGAUAUCGAUAGGGAGAAAGAGAUGUCUGCAAUGGUUUCAGCUUUGACCCACGUUGUUUCCGGAGAGUUGCCCUCUGAUUAUACGGCUUUUCAUCAAUACUCAACGUACCUGAACACAGUCGAAACUUCCGCGACACCAUCUUCGACUUCUUCAUUCUACGGUGCUAGCUCUGCUGCACCGACAGCUACGGAAGAUGGCACCUUCUCACAUAUAGGUUCAUCCUCAUCCCCUGCUGUUCCAACAAAUAGAGAAGGGAGGAGGGGGAGAAACGAAAUGCCGGAAAUGAGAAAUGUUGUGUAUGAAUACAGAGCGGAGAAUGGGAGGGAGCAGGGGAGAAGAAAAUACAGAGGAGUGAGACAGAGGCCAUGGGGGAAGUGGGCUGCAGAAAUCAGAGAUCCAUUCAAAGCAGCGCGGGUGUGGUUGGGCACAUUCGACACAGCAGAAGCCGCAGCCAGAGCAUACGACGAAGCUGCCCUGCGUUUCAGAGGCAACAAGGCUAAGCUCAAUUUCCCUGAAAAUGUCACCCUUCGCCCCACUCCCCCAACUCUUCACAACCUGCAGGCUCCUCGCUAUGGUCAGAUUGAUCACAUGGUUUCACACUUUCAACCAUCCCUAACGCCACCGGCAGCGUCGUCCUCCUCGUUUUCUGCCUUUGCUUCCACUGUUACCACACCUCCUUCGCCUUAUCCUGCACAGACUCAAAUGAGUGAUUCUGAGUAUUUAGUACCUUCAUCGUUUUCUUCUGCCGGUUACACCUCCUUUUAUUCUGGAUGACACCAUUAUUAUUCGUUUAAGUGUUCGCAUUUUCUCUUUCUUUCUCUUGUUAUUCAUUUCUUCAUCCUCUUGUAUGAGAUUGGCAUUGGUGUUACAUUAACUUUGAGAAUGAUGAGAUUUGUCCCCGAAGAGUCUCGAGAUUGAUACU